AUGUAUCACCAGGCGUUGGCAAGGCUGCACGAGCGUUUUGGUCGAGAAGGUGACAUCAGCCAAGCAUAUCUCAGCUCCAUGUUCACGACACCAGCUUCUUCAAUCAACAACAUCGCCUCAGUGGAGAGGUUCAGUUCAGCUGUCAGCAACACUGUGCUGACUCUGCGCGCUCUGAACCACUACAAUGAUCUGAGAGCCAUCGAGAACCUGCGUCGAGUAGUAUUGAAGCUUCCUGCGGAGUUGUCCUACCAGUGGGGACGAGAAGUGCAUCAGAUGCAUCCCAAGCAGCCCGAUCUGGAGAUCUUCAGCAAGUGGCUGGAGACAGAGACUGCCAUCUUGAGAAACUCGGCCAACCACAACCGCGAGCCAGAGAGAAAAAGGCCAUCCGCGGGUGUACGGGAGACCUCGGCGCGACGAACAACUCUGACUACGUCGGCUACGUCUUCCCAGACGGAAAACAACCGACGUCGCUGGUUCUGUGUCCUGUGCAAGGAACAGCACAAGCUUCAGGAUUGCACGGAGUUCAAGUCGAAGACGGUGGAGGAGAGGCUGGUCGUAGUGAGCAAGGAACGACUGUGUUGGGGCUGCCUGAACAAGGGUCACUUCAUGAGGGAUUGCCGCUCUGCAAGACGAUGCAACUUGAAUGGAUGUAAUGCAUCUCAUCACCGAGUCAUACAUGUGGACAGAAACGCUGCUGGUGAUGAAGAAAACCAAACAGAACCAAAAACAGAGGCACGAGGAGGAAGUCGCAUCGUCGGCACGGCUCUCACAGAGACGACAGACACACUGCUGCAGUUGGUGCCGGUGCGGAUUCACGGCCCAAAUGGGGAGAGAGACGUAGUAGCAUUGCUGGACCCGGGGGCGCAGACAUCGCUCUGCUGUGAAGAUGUCUUGGAAGAGAUUGGGGUUCCAGGAGUCCGAGAGAAUCUGCAGCUACAGAACAUCGAAGGAAGUGGUACCAGACAGUCGUCUCUUCGAGUUCAGCUGACGGUCAGUCCUCUGAGCACAGCGACCAGCAGAAAUCGAAUCUUCGUGCCCGAGGUGUGGUCUGUGCCAAGGUUGAACGUGGCCCCACCCAGCAUGAGUAGUAAGCAGCUUCGCAGCUGGAAGCACUUGCAGGACCUGGACCUACAGCAGUACAACGGCGCACACGUCGAGCUUCUACUUGGUGCCAACAUUCUGGAAGCUGUGCUGCAGCGAGAGGUCAAGGUGGGAGGCCCCGGAAUGCCCGUCGCUAUCCGGACAGACUUUGGCUGGACCCUGACGGGAUCGAUAUCCACCCUGAUUCCAAGCACAAUGCGGCAAGUCAUGUUCGUGCGUCGACGUGCUCCCGGAGACGCUCUGGAGGGUCUGCAAGAGUUGGUCCAAGACUGGUGGACGAACGAGGCCUUCGGCACCAUGAUCAACAGCUCUGAUGCACGAUCUCAAGAAGAUCUCAGAGCUAUGCGAAUCUUGGAUCAGCAGACCAGGAAGGUGGGGGACAGAUAUGAAGCUGGACUUCUGUGGGGUGAAGACGAACCGAUGUUGCCGGACAACUGGAACCAAGCGUACCGACGUCUUCAUUCCAUCGAGAGGAAACUCGACAAGCAGCCAGAACUGGCUACAAGGUACCAAGCCAUCAUCGACGGAUAUGUGAAGGAUGGUCACGCAAGGAAGCUCUCAGCAGAAGAAGCGGACGAACCGAAGGAGAAGCGUUGGUAUCUGCCACACCACGCAGUAGUGAACCCGAACAAGCCAGGGAAGCUGAGAAUCGUCUUCGACGCUGCGGCAACAUACCAAGGUGUAUCACUGAACUCGAAGCUCGUCACAGGUCCAGAUCUACUACAAAGCCUUCCUGGGGUGAUCAUGCGCUUCAGGGAAGGUCUGAUCGCUGUGACAGCGGACAUCAAGCAGAUGUAUCAUCAGGUGAGGAUCCGGACAGAAGACCAGCCUGCAUCGAGCUUUCUAUGGCGAGAGAUGGAGCGACACCGCAAGCCUGACGUCUAUCAGAUGGAGGUGGUCAUCUUUGGCGCGAAGUCAUCACCGGCAACGGCCAACUACGUGCUGAGAAAGGCACUUCUGAACUAUGGAGCGGAGACAGACAAGGUUCUCAGCAGAAGUCCCGAGCAACUGGCAAAGUCGUUCUACAUGGACGAUUGCCUGUUCUCUUGCAUGACGGAAGACGCCGCCAAACAGCUUCAUCAGCAGCGAGAGUACAAAUGUAACGCAAGCGCCGCCAAUGUGUCUAACACUUCCUGUCGCAACUACAACAACUACUUCUUCUGCUACUACUACUACUACUUCUGCUACUUCUACUACUACUACUACUACUACUACUACUACUACUACUUCUACUACUACUACGACUACUGCUGCUGCUGCUACUACUGUUACUACUGUUGCUAG